AUGAAUGACAUAGAAAAGGACUGCGUGUUAUUCAUGGAUGAGAUGGAAAUCAGCCAGGGUUUCGAUCACGACCGCUCUCUAGACUGCCUUUUCGGGGGUACCACGCUGCCACAGUCAAAUGUGCAAGUUGCCAACCAUGCCCUUAUGUUCAUGAUCGGUGGGCUAAACACGAGGUGGAAGCAGGUCAUAGCCUACCACUUCACUGGGCGAUCAGUCGACGGGGCACUCCUGAAAGAUCUUGUAUUUCAUUUAAUUGAGCUCUGCUUUAAUAUCUCGUUGCGAGUGCUUGUGGUAACCAGUGACAUGGGAUCAGCUAACCGGGCAGUAUGGCGCCUACUGGGAUUCUCCAGCAACAGACAAUCAGAGACCGUGUGUUCUGUACCACACCCGCACCUUGCAGACCAGAUGUUGUUUUUUAUGGCUGACCCAGCGCAUGUUUUGAAAAACAUUCGGGCCCAGCUGCUUCGUUCAGAAACAUUUACACUAGGACAAGAAACCGUUAAGGAGCAAGAGCUUCCUGGAGAAAUUGUCAGCGUUGAUCACAUUAAAGCAGUCCUAGAAUUUGACUCUGACGAUGACCUGAAGGUUGCGAACAAGUUGUCUGACAUCCACAUUGGCAGUGGGCACUUCACUAAGAUGAAGGUGAAUGUCGCCGUUCAAAUGUUUCGCGAAGCUCCUCCUGCUAUCAGAUACCUGGUCAAACAAGGAAAGCUAAAGCCUGAAGCAGAGGCAACAGCUUGGUUCCUUGAAUUAGUGAGCAAAUGGUACACACUCAUGUCAUCACGGCACCCAGUGGUUGCUUUGAGCUAUUUUGAUCCCUCAAAACAUGAAGAUGCAGUUAAAAUCCUUCAACUGGCAUGUACAACUUUCUGCCGUAUCAACAUGGGCAAAACUGCUCACUGGAAACCUUCCCAAGCCGGUCUCUUGAUAUCAACGACAGUUGUGCUGUGCCUGUCCGACGAACUGCUGAAGGAACGUGGCUACCGGUACCUGCUUACAGGUAGACUGAUACAGGACUGUCUUGAAAAUAUUUUCUCUGUUGUAAGACUCAAGAAGCCCAUCCCAAGUGCGUAUGAUGUGAAGUGUGCUCUAAAGAUUAUAUGUGUCAGCCAAUACUUGCACACGCCAACGUCAUCUAGCUAUAACGAGGAUGACAGCUUGCACUUAGCUGACCUCCUGGACCCCAGUAUCAAGGCACAAGUUGCGCAAGAAAGUGGGGAGAACGAGGAAGCAGAAGAGCUUGAAAACGUUCUUCUGUAUGCAACCACUGCAGUAGAAAGUGUCAUUCUUGCAUAUGUAGGAGGUUUUCUACUGAAGUCCAUCUUGAAAUUCAUUGACGAGUGCAAGGACUGCAAAGCGGCACUGGUAGGAAAUGACGAUAAAUACAGCACUCUCGUUAAGCUUAAAGAAUACGCUCAGGGCGCUGGAAAGCUCAUUCAGCCUAGCCGAGCUGUCAUGGAAGUGCUCACUGAAUGCGAAGAACACUUCAAGGCCUUUGCCGACGAAGACGGAAUUUUGGCGCUAAAAACCCCAUUCGCGAGCAUUUUGAGUGCAUUGCGCAGAUCAGUAACUGUGCGACUGGAGAGCUGCGAAAUCCAUCGUGCACAGGUAGAAAAGUCGCUGCUGGAAAAGUAUGUUAGGACAAGGCUAAAGAUUCAUCUUCGGCAAAAACAGGCACAAAGGGUGAAUGGUCAGUCAAGUAAGACGUGUGCUGCAGUGAACCUUGAGUAGCAGCUUUUUAAAAGGCUCCAAUCCAAUUUAAAAA